AUGGUUAGAUUAUUAAGACUUGGGACACUGCACGGUCCAAUGCAACAACCUUGGCGCUACAAAUAUCUAGAAGCUUUAUAUCAAAGAAGAUUGGAAGCUGGUCCCGAACAACCUCGCUUUCGUUCAGCAUUCACAAAUUGGAAUUACGAAGCAGAACUUUAUGCUUGUACACAUCGUUUUGGUGAAAAUAUUCAUACAGAUGUUUUAAGACGAGCGCUUACUGAUGCAUCAUUUAUGAAACAAGUCGUUGAACAACGUGCUGAAGCCGGAUUAGAUCAAGUAGAACGAUCAAUGUUGCCAGUUUCUGAUAAUGAAGAAUUAGCAAGAAGAGGGGAAGAGAUUGCAAGUCAUUAUAUAAAACAAGUAUUAAGAUAUUGGUAUCCAAAGUUUCCUGAAGAAGGCAUCGAGGCCGUUACUGCUUUUCUUUUAUCCGAAACAACUGUUGCUUAUAUUAGUGAACGACUUGGUUUUAAAACAAUUAUUCGAUGUGAUACGCCUGUUCCUCGCCCAGCAACAAUGAAAAAUGCUUUAAUGGCCUUUAUUGGAGCUAUUAAUGAGAGCAGUGAUCAACAACGUGCUGAAGCGUUUACUGCCGAUUUUAUUCUAACACAUUUAGUUGGAAAAGAUAUAAAUGAAAUUUGGCACAUAUCAAAUCCCAUGGGCCUUUUAUCAAAAAUUUUAGAAGCCAAUGGUCGUCAACCAGCAGAAUCUAGAUUAAUUUGGGCAACGGGUGUAUCAAGUGUUUUGUCGACGUAUGUUGUCGGUGUUUACUCUGGAAAAGAAUUUUUAGGCAAAAAUUAUGGCAAUACGAUUGCUUUAGCUGAAGAAAUGGCUGCUCGUGAUGCACUUCGUCGAUAUUUUGAAACAAGUGAAGAACGUGCACCAAUUCCGUUUGACAAAUUAAAACAUAUGAAUUUUACAUCUAGAUUAAAACCUUAA